GUGCAUAAACCUGAAAAACCAAACGGACCUGUCUGUAGGUGUUACUUAUAUCACAAGGCUACAGGUGCCUUUAUUUCCACUGUACGCUGGUGUAGGGAACGCCUGCCUUCUCUUGCCUUGAAAGCCUCCUCUUUGGACCUAGCCACCGCUGUCUCACGGUGAUGCUGGACUCGGUGACACACAGCACCUUCCUGCCCAACGCGUCCUUCUGCGACCCCCUGAUGUCGUGGACAGAUCUGUUCAGCAAUGAAGAGUAUUAUCCUGCCUUUGAGCAUCAAACAGCCUGUGACUCCUACUGGACAUCUGUCCACCCGGAGUACUGGACCAAGCGUCAUGUUUGGGAAUGGCUCCAGUUCUGCUGUGACCAGUACAAGCUGGACGCCAACUGCAUAUCCUUCUGCCACUUCAACGUCAGCGGCCUGCAGCUGUGCAGCAUGACGCAGGAGGAGUUCAUCGAGGCGGCUGGCAUCUGCGGAGAGUACCUGUACUUCAUCCUGCAGAACAUCCGCACUCAAGGUUACUCCUUUUUUAAUGAUGCUGAAGAGACCAAGGCCACCAUCAAAGACUAUGCUAAUUCCAGUUGCUUGAAAACAGGCGGCAUCAAAAAUCAAGACUGCCACAGUCACAGUCGAACAAGUCUUCAAAGCUCUCACCUAUGGGAAUUUGUGCGAGACCUGCUCCUAUCUCCUGAGGAGAACUGUGGCAUUCUGGAAUGGGAAGAUAGGGAACAAGGUAUUUUUCGGGUAGUAAAAUCAGAAGCCCUGGCCAAGAUGUGGGGACAAAGGAAGAAAAAUGACAGAAUGACAUAUGAAAAACUGAGCAGAGCUCUGAGAUACUACUAUAAAACAGGAAUUUUGGAACGGGUCGACCGAAGGUUAGUGUACAAAUUUGGAAAAAAUGCACACGGGUGGCAGGAAGACAAGCUAUGAUCUGUUCCAUGCAUCAAGCUCACUGUUACGGAUUUCUGUCUUUUAAAACAAUCAGAUUGCAGUAGACAUUUGAAAGUCCUAUUUCUUUUUUUUUUUUUUUAAAUCUGCAAACGUGCUGAUAAAAUUUCUCCACAUCUCAGCUCACAUUUGGACUCAGAGUUGCUGCUGUCUACUUGGGAUGAUGGUAGCAACCCUUAAGAAAUUUUCUUUUUUGAGGGGAGAAGGGAAAGAACUUUUGCAGCACCUUGAUGAAAUUAUCUCCCUAGUCAAGAGUUGCAGAGCCACAAUAACCAACGCCAUUGUCACUGCUCAAAAAAAAAAAAGAUAGAAUUCUGCCGUUAGAGACUCAGUCCAUGCUCCCACCGUAAAGGUUCCAAAGUUUCUGAUGUUUGGUUGUGGCAGCUCACAAAGGAAAAAAGGUGAGAUGUGGGUAAGACAUGCAUACUUAAGGUUUUAAAUCAUUAAAGUCAGAUUCCAUAGAAAAAAAUUUUCAUUAAUAGAAGAGCUAAGUCAUCAAGCUGGGGCACUAAUUGGAUUUAGCAAAGACUAUUACAAAGUGUCUUAACCAGAGCAUCUUUCUGGCCACUCAGGAAAACCCCCAUGGCCAUCAUUCUAAGUUACACACUUAAAAUCAGCCCCGUUAACAAUUCUUGCUGAACUUAUUCCCCCUCUUCUCCUAAUUGGUGGCUGGCAUCAGAUAUGCAAAGAGUGAAGUCAACAGAUACUUGCAUCAGUUUCCAAAUCACUGCUGUUUCUGUGAUUUAAGUCGUCAAAAGGAUAAAAUUGUAAUUCACUGGUUCUGUCUGUGGCCAAGAUGUUACACCUUCCGAAACUGGAAGUGUCCUGACAACUCUGUUAACAGCCAAUUAAAUUGUGAGUCUUUUGUCUUCCUACCUGAUGUGUACUCAAGCUCUAAAACACAUAUUUCCUUGGCAAAAAUAGUGACAGUGAAUUUACACCAAUAAAUGUUCAUGAGUUAAAGUCUACACAGACAUUUGUUCAUCAGUCAUUGGUAAGUCAGUCAUCCAGGGCCUACAACUAGGCGGGCUGCCCUGUGACUCCCACUUCACCACAGCAGGAAGCGUCAAGCGAAGAGGCACUGAACAGGCUACAGACCUCCAUGCGAAAGUUUAACUUCAAAAGCUAACUUGUUUUAAAACAAGAAAUGUGAAUUACUGUAAAAUAAUCUAUUUUUGGACUCAUGUGUUUUCCAGGUGGAUAUAGUUUGUAAACAAUGUGAAUAAAAUAUUUAACAUGUUAAACUGUCUCUGUAUGAUUAAAUUCUGCAAGACAGCCUCUUAAGAUAAAUCUCUCUCUAUAUAUUUACAUAUAUGUGCUUCACUGGUUUUGCUUCUCUAGAGAACUCAGCCUGAGACAACUCUGUGAAUAUACUAAACACCAUUG